AGCGAAAGCAGAGGGAGAGAGAGAGCUUCAAUGGAGUCCCCAUUCAAGACCGAUAUUCUGAAAGGGAAGGUUGCCCUUUUGACAGGCGGAGGCUCAGGUAUUGGGUUUGAGAUGGCCACUCAGUUUGGUAAGCAUGGUGCCUCAGUUGCUAUCAUGGGCCGACGCAAACACAUUUUGGACUCUGCGGUUGCCACUCUCCAAUCCCAGGGAAUUCAGGCUAUUGGGCUUGAAGGAGAUGUUCGGAAGCAGGAAGAUGCAAAUAGAGUUGUAGAGUCAACUGUUAAGCAUUUUGGUAGGCUUGAUAUUCUUGUGAACAAUGCAGCUGGCAAUUUUCUUGUGAGCGCAGAGGAUUUAUCCCCUAAUGGGUUUCGCACAGUUCUUGAUAUUGAUUCUGUAGGCACAUUUACAAUGUGCCAUGAAGCACUGAAGUAUCUCAAGAAAGGAGGACCGGGAAAGGGUCCAGCUAGCGGUGGAACAAUUGUGAACAUAAGUGCAACUUUGCAUUAUACAGCAUCUUGGUAUCAAAUCCAUGUGUCCGCUGCCAAGGCAGCUGUUGAUAGCCUUACAAGGUCCCUGGCACUGGAGUGGGGAACUGAUUAUGAUAUAAGAGUCAACGGUAUUGCACCAGGACCGAUUGGAGACACUGUUGGAACUCGUAAACUUAUACCUGAUGAGAUAAAGAGCAAAACUAGGGAAUACAUGCCACUUUAUAAAAUGGGGGAGAAACGGGAUAUUGCAAUGGCUGCCCUCUACCUAGCAUCAGAUGCAGGUAAAUACAUCAAUGGAACAACGAUUGUUGUUGAUGGAGGACUUUGGCUGAGCCGGCCCCGACACUUACCAAAAGAAGCUGUGAAGGAGCUUUCUCGAGUUGUGGAAAAGAGAUCCAGAGAAGCACCCAUCGGGGUUCCAAAGAGCAAGCUAUAAAAUACCGUAUACAUUAAUUGUUACUGUUAUUUUGUUAUUGGUCCCAUAUCCAUCUUAACUGCAGUUGUUAGACUGAUCUCUUCCUCUUUAUUUGUCUCUUACUCGUUAUAUCCGUCUUAGAUGUAGAUAGGGAUCAUGUAGUAGUCAUCUAUCAAAAUCCCAUAAAUAAAUUGAAAUCAUAUGCUUCAACUUA